CUGUCUUUUACCUUACUUCCGUACGCAGCUGAUGUGUUUGUUCGGACGCAUUCUGGCACACUUGGUCCUGCUGGAUCAAACACAAAACACGGUACUGGGAGUACACCACAUUUUUGGCCUCUUACAUCCACGGCAAGCAUUGGCACGCCAGCUUCUCGGGUGGAAGAGCCCACUGCAGAAGGAUUGACAAUCAAGAAGACCACAAUACUCUCCCCCAGUGGUGCAUCGGUAGGCCUUACAUCUGUUGAGAACAAUGCUGCUGCAAGUGACAUGGUUGCUUGGCAAAAACAAGCCAACUCGCCCACAGUCUUUCUGGAGGACACGGACCAGCAACCAACCCAUCCACAUCGAGACAAACCACACGGCCAUCAUCACGGUCACAGUCACGAUCUGAGUUCAGUAAAAGCCAUAGCCUAUACUAUUAUCGCUGGUGAUGGGCUGCACAACUUCUGUGAUGGGAUCGCAAUCGGAGCAGCUUUCGCCAACGACCUACGUGGUGGAUUGUCCACUUCAAUUGCUGUGCUAUGUCAUGAACUCCCCCAUGAACUUGGUGAGUUGCCCUAG